AUGUACCCGGUGCUGAGGAGUCUCGCUCUUCAGCUGCACUCUGCCAUCACCGGCAGCUACGUCGCUGGCACCCACUCCAUUGCCUUCAUCAACUGUCUCAACGAGCAGAUUGCCAAGGAUAUUGCAAGGGCCAUCAUGGAUAAGAAGCUGGCUGCCUGCGUGAACAUCCUGCCGAAGAGCUUGGCCUUGUAUUUCUGGAAAGGCGAACUGGAAGAAACCACUGAAAUACUGCUGUUAGUGAAAACAAGGACAUCCAAAAUAGGCGAAUUGUCCAACUACGUCAGAUCCAUCCAUCCCUUUGAAAUUCCUGAAAUCAUCAGCCUGCCUAUUGACCAAGGAAACCCUCUCUACCUCAAAUGGAUAGAGGAAAGUGUCCCACGGGACUAACCGAAUAGCGCAGAAAGCACCUCGCUUUUGGGGAGACCAGGUGAAACGUGCUGAGCUGCACUGGUCUCCCUGUGCAGGCAGGAGUUACGCACACGCAGGGAGGCAGCUUAUAUCUUCACGUGUUUGCUAUAACACAGAAGUUUGGGAUUGGGAAAUUUCGUUUACACUCCAAACAUCCCCUCCUCAGCCUGACCCUGUGCUCCAGGGAGCACGGAGCAGCCCGGAGACGGCGGAGGCCAAAGUGGAGAAGGGCUAUGUGCACCAAGGGCUGUUGCAGCAUUGCAGAUGAGGAUACACAGAGACGCUCAUGUCAGGACACUGCAGCAUUUGGGGGCUGCCUCAGGCCCCCAGCAGCAAGUGCCAGCUUGUAGCCGUGGCCUGGCAGUGCCCUGCAGCCCCUCCAGCACCGUGUGUCCCCACAGCCAGCGCCUGAAACCCUGCCUGGCCCCCCUGCUCCCCCGCAGCGGCUGUUGCAGCAUCCUGCCUGGCUCUGCCUCCUGCUUCCCUAGCCCGGAGGCAGCAGGAUGUGGCCGGGCACCCUGCGAUGCGCUGGCUCACGCCCUCUCCUGCUGUCAUGCAACAUGCUGGUUCGAGUCAUACAAAAUCCAAGGAAACGGCAAACUUGAGCAGACGCCACAAGCAUUUCGCAGGAGCCGCAAGCAGCGCAUGCACUGAUCCUGCCAAGCUGGGGAGAGCUGGUCUGAGCUGGGCAAUAUCCACUGCCAGUCCAGGGAAACCACGUGCCAGCAGGACCAGGACAUCGCCUGGCUUCGGGGCAGCACAGCCCCAGCCCUGCAUCCCCUACCCACACCUGAACGGUGGCUUUCUACCUGGGUCAAGUUUAACCUUGUAAAAAGAUGCUCAUGUUAAUAGUUUAAUGGGAUGUAACUUACGGAACGAUACCAAGUUAUUUAUGUGACUGGGAAGGGAAUAAACAGGAGCGUUUCUUACCUGGGCAGGCUCACGUGUUGUGGCAGUUUGCGGGCGCAGCGUCUGCAGUGAGCUGGGCAGGAGGAAGGGCCCGUUGUGUGUUUGCAGCGACUCUCUCCAGCCCGAUGCCGAGCGAUGCUCCGCUGGCUCUGACCUGCUCGUCUCGGGCUCGUGGAGAAGCAGCGCAAGGUGCUUUGCAGGUAUUGAGAGCUGUGCCCGCAGGCUUGCGUGGCCCCAUCAGAGGUAGCGUGGGGAAGGCUCACACGUGCAGGAAAGAGAAGAGAAGAGGGAAAAUGGUCUGGGCUCUGAGAGCAGGAAACUUUUCAGUGGUAAAUACGAAGAAGCAGGAUCCCAGCUGGGCACCUUGUCUGGCAAAAAGGAACAAAGCACAUGAAGCAGGCACCAGCACCCCCAGGCCAGGCCUGCACUGCAGCCAAAGCUAAGCUUUGUUUAGCCCUGUCAGGGCUACGUUGUGCAACGUGCACGUUUUAGGCUAAGACUAAUUGGGUGGGGGCCAUUUGGGACCGGUCAGUAGGACUGCGAGUGAAGGCAGCCCCUCUCUACAAGACCCAUCACUGCAAGGGGCGUCCCUGACCCCCGCCCAGUCGCCCCUUCACAUCCUUCUGCCGUUCCCGUGCUUCGCGGCAGCAUCUCUCCGGCCGAGGGCACACCUCACCCUGGCAUGGAGCACGACCCAGCAGCACCAGCUGCAUCGUGGCGGGCACCAGGUGCC